AUGCUGCAUACGCUCUCACCAAAGAUGCUCGCCUCUAGUGCACAUGCCAAGAUUUCUCCGAGACGCAGUUUGGCUGCUAACUAUGCUGUCUCAAACCAACCGGAACUGCUCCAGCCAAAGCCCUUCAAUCAUUCUGGUACGAUCCGUACCACCAAUAUCAACGGCAUCGUCCAUCUAUGUUCCAACAAGAGACACGCCCCUGCCUGA